AUGUGGGUCGUGUGUGGCCUGUACAACACGCUCUGCGCUGUAUGCUAUGCUGAGCUUGGAUCAUCUAUGCCACAGUCUGGAGGAGAAUAUGUGUAUGUUAAAAGAGCCUUUGGUGACUUAUUUGGUUUUAUCAUCUUAUGGAUUAACUUUUGUUUGAUUUGUCCUGUGGGAAUUGCUGCACUGAGUUUAAUUUGCUCUCUGUACAUUUUACAACCGAUUUUCCCAAAUUGUGAAAUUCCAGAGAUGGCUACAAAGUUAAUAGCCACAUGUAUCGUGUCUUUCCUAAUAUUUAUCAACAGCCGAAAUGUCAAAUGGGCUACGAGAAUGCAGGUUGUGAUAACAACAGCUAAAUUAGUAGCCUUAGCAAUCGUCAUAGUGAUCGGUAUCAUAUAUAUUGCUACUGGAGACCGUGAAAACUUUACCAACAGUUUUGAGGGAACAGAUUUCAGCGCUGGAGCAAUUGCUCUGUCUUUUUAUUCUGGAUUCUGGGCUUAUAGUGGUUGGAGUUAUUUAAACUUUUUAACUGAAGAACUUGUUAAUCCUAAUAAGAAUUUACCUAGGGCCAUUUUGAUCUCAAUGUGCCUUGUUAUAUGUGUAUAUUUGGUAGCUAAUAUUGCCUACCUUGCUGUGCUGACGCCUACUCAGAUGUUGCAGUCGACUGCAGUAGCUGUCACUUUCGCCUCACAGACAAUGGGGGUGAUGGAAUGGUUGAUGCCGAUUUUAAUUGCUGUAUCAGUCUGUGGAACCAUGAAUGGAACUGCACUAUCAAUGUCACGAUUAUUUUUUAUCGGUGCUCAGAAUAAUCAUAUGCCUCAGUUUAUGUCUAUGAUUCAGUACAAAUUUUUAACCCCUGUCUCCUCGCUUCUCGUUAUUCUCUUUCUUACAAUCUGCUUCCAGAAUUCUAACGAUAUUUGGUUCCUGAUUGAAAUGGAAGGAUUCGGAUUUGCUACAGUUCUAACCUUGGUAUUUGCCGGUCAGGUUUAUUUGAGAUUUUCUGAACCCGACAUGAAGCGGCCAAUCAAGGUCUACAUUGCCUUGCCUGCAGUUUUAUGUCUUAUAAGUUUUGCUAUAGUAUGUUUAACAUUUUAUAAAAAGCCUACAGAAAGUUUUUUGGCUCUGUGUAUUGUAGCAGGCGGUGUUGUGUUAUAUUGCGUUGGUAACCGAUGGCAACGUAAACCAAAGGCCAUUCAGUCGAAGAUUAAUUUUGUGAACACAUUCUUUCAGAAAUUAUUAUUAGUUGUCCCUCAAGAUAAUCCAGAUGAAAUAGAAUGGGAAUAA